CUCGAGUCUCCCCCAAAACCCAUCUCUUCCCCCCCCAUCAUAUCCCAUCAUAUCCUCCCCAAUUUCAUCUCUUUUUAAUCUCUAGCCCUGUUAGUUCUUUCCAUCCACCCACCAUCGAUCUAUUCAAUCCCUUCGUCGUGAACAUGGGUCGUACCGUCGACCAGGAAGUUCACGCGGCGUUCGUCGAGUUCCGCGCCAAGGAAGACGAUAAGUGUCUCUCCGUCCAGUGCAUCUACUGCCAGCAGGUUCGUGCGAAGAACACGUCCCGCCAGAAGCAGCAUCUCCUCGAGUGUCCCGGUCUGCGUGGCCACGCCAAUCCCCAGGCCCAGUCCCAAUCCACCCCCAACGGCAUCACCGCGACCAACGGAUACCCUCCCACCCCGAAUGGCCCCGCGGCCACCGCACCAGGCGCUGGCCCGGGCCCCGGUGCCCUGCCCACUCCCAAUGGGCCCAUGAUGUCCAACGGCGUCAAUCCCCAUGCCACCCCGAUGCAGACUCCGCUGCAGAACAUGCAAGGCCGUGCCUCGCUGCCCACCACCGCUCCCACGGGUGCGCCCUCCGCCUCCUCGGCCUCUCAGCAGGCACAACGGACCACCCCCAAGUCGUCGUCCAAACCGAAGACCUCCUCGACCAGUCUCCCCGCCCCUCCGUUAGAUGACGUACAUGCGGCGUUUGUCGAAUUCCGCGCCAAGGAGGAAGACAAGUGUCUGUCCGUGCAAUGCAUCUACUGCCAGCAGGUUCGCGCCAAGAACACCAGCCGACAGCGUCAGCACCUUCUUGAGUGUCCUACCUACCUCAGUGUUAUGAAGGACUCCAUCCCCGCCAACAACCUGCUUCACACAUUCCCCGAAGGCGACGUGGCGCGUUCGCUGCAGAUCCCGGCGCCCUCUCUGGAGCUGGACUUCCGGAUGAGCAUUAAGAUGAACCCCAAGGUCGCCGUGGGACAAAGCAUUUGGGGUCAGAGAGACUGGGUGACCUUUAUUGGGGGGCAGUGGGCCGGCCGGUGGGGCAAGGGUAUCGUUCUGCCCGGAGGACAAGAUUCCCAGAUCGUGACGCGAGAGUCGGCUACGAACCUGCAGGCGAACUACCUGCUCCAGACCGCUGACGACCCGCCCGCAUUCAUUGUCGCAAAGACCCAAGGAUGGUUGACGGGGGCCAAGGACGUGUUGGACAAGGUCAACGACCAGACUUCGGCAGACACGGUCAACCCCAACACGUACAAGUACCGCGUCUGUAUCUCGAUGGAGACCGGGGACGAGCGCUACGCGUUCUUGAACACGCUCAUGUGGAUCGGCAGCGGGUGCCGCCGGGGCCAAGAAGUGAUCUUUGACUCGUUCCGCGUCAACUGAUGUGUUACGAUUGCGCUUUUGUUUGUCCGUUUUUGAGCGAGUAAUAUGUGUUUGAUGGGGAAAUUGAUCUCGUCGGUUGCGCAUCAUUUCAGCUUGGUCCUGACAUCUUUGUCCAGCGCUUCCGUCUCCAGGCGUGCCCACAUACGCAUGGAGUGGCCGGGGCCGGUCACUGACCUUGACUAUUUUAUUUCACUUCUUUACAUGUGUAGGGUAUUCGGUUUCCGGUGCAAUUUCUGAGCUUCGUGUUUUAUUUCGUUGGUCCUUUAGGCGGGAUACCUGUAUCUGUAACCAGA